AAAGAAUGAAGCAAAAUUCAAUCUGAUGGAAUGCAAAUUUGACGUCCGCGAGAACCCACACUCAUCCUCUCUCUACAACUUUCUCUCUCUAAUGGUACAGCGCAGAACCUCAUGAACCCCUCCCUGUCUCUCUCUCUCUCUCUCUCUCCCCAACAGUGACUACGACUUUACUGAACUUCAGAGCUUCCAUUUAAACUCAUAAUUUUAUUAAAUAUUAUUGUAUCCAUGUAUGCACACAGAUGACAGAAAUACGUAUGUUCCUAGUAUCUGUGUUACUAAUGUUAAAGGAGAAAAGAAGUGAAUGUAGUAGUAUGUUUGAUUCUUGUCAAUUGGUUGAGCUCCGACGCUGUGGUGUUGACUGUUAAUCGGCUUUUGUAAGGAAAAUGGUACCGCGAGGGGCUUCUAAUACACUUGGUAACUCCCAGUCUGUCCCACCUUCACUACUGCGAUCGAAUUCUGCUAUGUUGGGUGGUCAGGGGGGUGCUAUGCCAUCACAGGGUGGUUUCCCCUCUAUGGCAUCUCCACGGACACAAUUUGGUAACAUGAAUAUGCUUGGGAAUGGUCCUAAUGUUACAUCUCUACUCCAUCAGUCUUUUGGAAAUGGUGGUCCUAAUCCUGGGAAUACUCAGAGGGGUCUUAUUGACAACGGGGCCGAAUCUGAUCCACUUUCUAGUGUUGGAAAUGGAAUGGGAUUUAAUUCUCCGCCUUCAUCAUUUGUUUCAGUGUCCAUGUCCACAAAUUCUAAUUCAGCUGCUCAAGUUCAGGGGCAACAAUUUACUAAUACUUCUGGAAACCAAAUGUUGACAGACCAACAAACCCAACAGCUUGAUCCCCAGAGCUUCCAGCAUAAUCAACAGCUGCCACAGUUUUCUACCCCUGACAAUUCCCAGACACAGCAGCAGCAAUUUCAUUCAAUGCGAAGUGGAUUAGGAGGUGUUGCUUCUGUUAAACUAGAGCCACAGGUUACCAAUGAUCAAAUUCCACAGCUGCAAGCUUCGCAAAACCUGACAACAGUGAAAUUGGAACCACAACAGAUAGAAAACAUUCGAGGUUUGGCCUCACAGGUGUCUACUCAACCUCCCCAGCACUUACAAGCUUUACGGAAUCUUGCCACAAUGAAACUGGAACCACAACAGCUACAGAACAUGAGAGGCCUGACACCUGUCAAAAUUGAACCACAGCAUUCUGACCCUUCCUUAUUUAUACAGCAACAUCAGCAUCAACAUCAGCAACAACAGCAGCAGCAGCAAUUACUUCAAAUGUCUAGGUCCUCCCCUCAAGCUGCUGCCAUGGCCCAGCUUUUGCAUCAACAGAGACUUAUGCAGUUCCAACAGCAACAGCAACAGCAACAUCAGCUCUUGAAGGCAAUGCCUCAACAAAGAAAUCCACUUCAGCCACAAUAUCAACCACCAAAUAUGGCUUUAAGAUCUCCAGCAAAACCAUAUUAUGAGCCUGGAAUGUGUGCACGCCGAUUGACUAAUUAUAUGUAUCAGCAGCAACACAGACCCGAGGACAAUAAUAUUGAGUUCUGGAGGAAAUUUGUAGCCGAGUAUUUUGCUCCGAAUGCUAAGAAAAAGUGGUGUGUCUCAAUGUAUGGAAGUGGCCGCCAGACAAAUGGAGUUUUUCCUCAGGAUGUCUGGCAUUGUGAAAUAUGCAACCGCAAACCUGGGCGUGGGUUUGAGGCAACUGUUGAGGUUUUGCCUAGGCUUUUUAAGAUAAAGUAUGAAAGUGGUACAUUGGAGGAGUUGCUCUAUGUUGAUAUGCCUUGUGAGUAUCAGAAUUCUUCUGGGCAAAUUGUCCUGGACUAUGCAAAAGCAAUUCAGGAGAGUGUCUUUGAACAACUUCGUGUUGUCCGUGAUGGUCAGCUUCGAGUAGUCUUCUCACCAGAUCUGAAGAUUGUCUCUUGGGAGUUCUGUGCUCGCCGUCAUGAGGAGCUUAUCCCUAGAAGAUUGUUGAUACCUCAGGUCAGUCAACUUGGAGCUGCGGCUCAAAAAUAUCAGACUGCCACUCAAAAUGCAUCAUCUAAUGUAUCUGUUUCUGAGUUACAAAAUAAUUGCAAUCUGUUUGUUACCUCAGCUCGUCAAUUGGCCAAAGCUUUAGAAGUUCCAUUGGUAAAUGAUUUGGGAUAUACAAAGAGAUAUGUUCGUUGCCUUCAGAUAUCAGAAGUAGUUAACAGCAUGAAAGAUUUGAUUGACUAUAGCAGAGAGACCGGAACAGGACCUAUGGAGAGCUUGGCGAAGUUUCCUCGGAGGACCAAUGCAUCAUCUGGCAUUCACAAUCAAGGUCAACAUUCUGAGGAUUGGCAACAACAGCAGCAACAAAGUAUGGGUCAGAAUUCCAACCAUGAUUCUUCUGUUCAGGCUGCUCAAAUGCAACCUAUGUCCAGCAAUGUUACAUCAAAUGUAAACAGCUCUUUAAACUCAGCACCUGCUACCUCCUCCACUAGUAACAUUGCUGGACUUCUUCACCAAAAUUCCAUGAACUCAAGACAACAAAACCCUGUGAACGGUGUUAGUAGUCCAUAUGCAGGAAAUGCAGUUCAGAUGUCUUCACCAAGUUCCUCAAGUAGUAUGGCACAGCCCCAAACUAACCUUUCUUCAUUCCAAUCUCCGACAGUUCCCUUGUCUAAUAAUCCACCACAAACUUCGCAUGGUGGUUUAUCAUCAGGAUCACACAUUAAUUCGGCAGGUUCUCCAAAUAUUUCAAUGCCAGCCCUUUCUGGUGACAUGGAUGCUAAUGACUCUCAGAGCUCGGUACAGAAAAUCAUAAAUGAGAUGGUGAUGUCUUCACAACUUGGUGGAGGUGGUAUGAUAGGAGCUGGCACAAUUGGGAAUGACAUGAAAAAUGGAAAUGCGAUGUUGGCAACAAACAAUAAUUCUGUCCUUAAUGGCAGCAAUUACCUUGUUGGGAGUGGCACUGUGAAUGCAAAUACAGGCAUUGGAGGUGUGGGAUUCAGGAAUAUGGGCAACGGACGAAGUGGAUUGGGCAAUAACCCUGUAAUAAUGAAUGGAAGAGUAGGCAUGUCAAUGGCACGAGACCAGAGUGUGAACCAGCAGCCGCAACAAGAUCUGGGAAACCAACUGCUCAAUGGUCUUGGUGCAGCCAAUGGUUUCAACAAUCUUCCAUUUGAUUGGAAAACUUCUCCUUAAAGGCUGUGUUUCUGAUGUGAGUCCAAUCACUCCUGCAGGCAGCAUAGAAAAUUCCGGAGGCCUCAUGCACUGUAAUAUUAGCUUUGAAUGAAUAGUUGUUGGGUUUUUAAGUGCUGGGGUCCAUUGUAAUGAUUUGCAAGAAAAUGAAGAAGAGUAUAAUAUAGCUAGCUAGCUUUCGUGAUUGAAAUGUUGGCCUGAAAGUAGAGUCCAUCAUUCUUGUAACUUCAUUUUGCCUGUGUUGCUUUUUCCCUGGGACAGGGAAAUUCAGGGAAUUAUGCUGUUGUUACCUACCUACCACCCAAGCUCGCUUGCUCCCUUUCAUAUCCUCAUGUAAAUGUAAACUAUAGUAUGUAUACCAUUGACUUAAUGUCUUUACUCUUUA